GAGGGACCGGAUCGCACGCGUAGAGGGUGCCUGUGCCUGGCCGCCGGUUUCUCGAAUCCGCUGCCACUUCGCUAGGCUGCUUGCUGUCCCGUUCCGCCCCGCGCCGCCUAGGGUCUCUGUCUGUGCCUGGCAGGUGUUCCCCAGGGACAACCGUUAUUCAGAGUUGGUUGCCGUUCAUUGAAACUUAAUAUGUGCCAGGUACACUAUACCGGGCGCUUACACACAAUUCAGAGGGACCCUGCCAAGGAGGAGUAGUGAAAUGUUUCUAUGAGGACUCAAUGUGCAGUUUCUUAUCCUCACAGUAACUCAGUGAGAUUCCAGAAAGUCCUCUAUUUAAUAUGUGCCUUCCAGAACAUCUCCUGUGGUAUUCACUACUUGGCUUCUGUGUUCAUGGGAGUCGCCCCUUAUCAUGUCUGUAGGCCCCCAGGCAAUUUGCAGAAUGGUGAGAUCUGGGAGCUCUCAAGGUGUAGCAGGAGCAAGAGGGAGAAUACAUCAAGUUUGGACUAUGAAUACACUGGCAGUAAGAAAGAGUUUCCUUGUGUGGAUGGCUACAUAUAUGACCAGAACAAAUGGAAAAGCACCGCAGUGACCCAAUGGAACCUGGUCUGUGACCGAAAAUGGCUUGCAAUGCUGAUCCAGCCCCUAUUUAUGUUUGGAGUCCUACUGGGAUCGGUGACUUUCGGCUACUUUUCUGACAGGCUAGGACGCCGGGUGGUCUUGUGGGCCACAAGCAGUGGCAUGUUUUUGUUUGGAAUAGCGGCGGCGUUUGCAGCUGAUUAUUACACCUUCAUGGCCGCACGCUUUUUUCUUGCCAUGGUUGCAAGUGGUUAUCUCGUGGUGGGGUUUGUCUAUGUGAUGGAAUUCAUUGGCAUGAAGUAUCGGACUUGGGCGUCUGUCCAUAUGCACACCUUUUUUGCAGUUGGAACCCUGCUGGUGGCUUUGACAGGCUACUUGGUCAGGACCUGGUGGCUUUACCAGAUGAUCCUCUCCACAGUGACUGUCCCCUUUAUCCUGUGCUGUUGGGUGCUCCCAGAGACACCUUUUUGGCUUCUCUCAGAGGGACGAUAUGAAGAGGCACAAAAAAUAGUUGACAUCAUAGCCAAGUGGAACAGGACCAGCUCCUGUAAACUGUCGGAACUUUUAUCGCUGGACCUACAAGGUCCUGUUGGUAAUAGCCCCACUGAAGUUCAGAAGCACAACCUAUCAUAUCUGUUUUAUAACUGGAGCAUUGCGACAAGGACACUUACCGUUUGGCUAAUCUGGUUCACGGGGAGUUUGGGAUUCUACUCCUUCUCCUUGAAUUCUAUUAAUUUAGGAGGCAAUGAAUACUUAAACCUCUUCCUCCUGGGUGUGGUGGAAAUUCCUGCCUACACUUUGGUGUGCAUCGCCAUGGACAAGGUCGGGAGGAGAACAGUCCUGGUUUUCGCCCUUUUCUGCAGUGCACUGGCCUGUGGUGUCAUUAUGGUGAUCCCCCAGAAACAUUACAUUUUGGGUGUGGCAACAGCUAUGGUUGGAAAAUUUGCCAUUGGGGCAGCAUUUGGCCUCAUUUAUCUUUAUACAGCUGAGCUAUAUCCAACCAUUGUAAGGUCGCUGGCUGUGGGAAGCGGCAGCAUGGUGUGCCGCCUGGCCAGCAUCCUGGCACCGUUCUCCGUGGACCUCAGGAGCAUUUGGAUCUUCAUGCCACAGGUGUUUGUUGGGACUAUGGCCUUCCUCAGUGGAGUGUUAACACUGAAGCUUCCAGAAACCCUUGGGAAGCAGCUGGCAUCUACUUGGGAGGAGGCUGCAAAACUUGAGUCUGAGAAUGAAAGAAAUUCAAGCAAAUUGCUUCCCACAACUAAUAAUAUUGGGCUGGAAAAAACAGAAGCGAUUACCCCCAGGGAUUCUGGUCUUGGUGAAUAAAUGUGCUGUGCGUGCCGUCUAGCACCUGAAAUACUAUUUCCCUUACUGCGUUUGUAUUCGAGGAACCUUAUUCUCAUCUCCCACAUGUUGUUUGUAUGUCUUUUUAAUAAAUUUUGUAAGAAA